AUGUCGAGACCAUGGACGCCGACGCCGCCAGCCAAGACACCCGCGAGGCUUGACCUCGUAACCCUGCCCAUUGAAGAUGGCCAUGAUUUGCCUACAGAUGAGCAGCCAGAGGAUGUGGACAUGGUGGCAGAACUUGAUCCCGGAAGCUAUGAAUUCCUAAACCAUCGGGCGUUCGUAGCUAGUGAUCAUAUUCGAAGGGCAUUGCCAUGGGUUCCUCAAAAUGCCUGUUACCGAAACGCGGCGCUGUCUGCUAUAUUCAACACCGCGCCCUUUGUCAACUUCUUAAACCUGAUUGCCGCCUUGAACGACCCGCAGAACGACAUCACCGGGGUCUCAGCGCGCGGCAGCAACGUCAUGUUCCAAGACUUGUGGAGGCUUCAUCACGUAUUUCGUGACUUGAGCCCGAGGUCUGACCCAGAGGUCCGUAAUAGCCUUACGGGACCGAUUAUGAACCUUUGGCGCCAGCUCUGGAACCAGCGGCCAAGAGCACAGCCAGGCGGCGUGGGAACCUGGCAACAACGUAUUGCAGCUCAUGAUGAAACCGCCAUCUCUGAUCCUGGAGAGUUUCUCUCAUAUUUACUAGACAGACUGUGUUUUGGGGAACUAGAGGAGGGCCAACUGACCCUUGGCGAUGGCACGUUGCUAGAGUUAAUUUUCAGGAGGCUCUUCCAGAUUAACCUGAUACUCGAAACGUGUCCUGACUGCAAGACGGAGGCUCGACACCCGCGAUUUGCCAAGAUGCGUUGGCUGCCAGAGGUCCUUAUAAUCAAUUGCGAGUACCAUGCUGGCCCCGAUGGUCACCGCGAAAUAGAGAACCAGACGACCUGCGACUAUCCGGACUUCCUGGACUUCACUGCGGUUAUAGAUAAUCCCAAGGAGGCUGCACCGCCAGUUGCUGAUGGCCAUGCUGACAACAUCUAUCGACUUGAAUCGGUAAUCACGGUGGGAAAGGGAGCACGUGCCGCCGUUGGACAUUAUAUCGCUUACCUACGUCUGGAAACGGGCAUGUGGGCUGAAGUCAACGACAUUAGGCAGAGGCACCCGCGGAUAUGUCCAGAAUUCACCAGCCAACAGCUGCGCGACCACCCUGAGACCCAGCAUUACCGGCCUCGAAACCUAGUCUAUGUGCGAAACCGGGAGUACACGAAGGCAGAUAUGGCCAAACUCAAUGUCGGCACGCCGAAAAGCCCCCCUCCAACACCACCGAGACAAAAGCGCGAGACUUCCGAGGAAAGAGUACAAAGGGAGGCGCUAGAAGAGCAACAAAAGACCAAGGACAUCGCCGAGCGGAAGAAGAAACAGGACCUUCUGGCCCGAAAGCAGAAGGAGAAUGCAGAACUGAGAAAGAAGCAGGAAGAGGCGAAGAAACUGGCGGAUGCACAGGACAGGGCAGAUAGGCAGGCCAAGCAAGCCAUUCUGAUUGAACAGCAGGAUGCAGCAAUGAGAAAGAGGCAGCAAGAGGCAAAGAAACUGGCUGAUGCACAGGCCAGGGCAGAUAGGCAGGCCAAGCAAGCCCUUCUGAUCGAACAGCAGAAGCAGGAUGCAGCACUGAGAAAGAGACAAGAUGCAGAACUGAGAAAGAGACAAGAUGCAGAACUGAAAAAGAGACAGGAUGCAGAACUGAGAAAGAGGCAGGAUGCAGAACUGAGAAAGAGGCAGCAAGAGGCAAGGAAAUUGGCAGAUGCACAGGCCAGGGCAGAUAGGCAGGCUAGACAGGCCCUUUUGGUCGAACAGCAGAGACAGCAAGCAGAGCUGGAGAGGAAGCAGGAGGCAAGAGCACAUACAAUCGCAAGAGACAAAGAGGCUCUCAGACAAGAGAGGAGACGGAGGGCUCGAGAAAUGCUUAAAAAGGCGAAGGAGGCCAGGAAAGGCGAUCAAGAUGAUGUGGCGAGCCACGGUGCCACACGCGGUCCAUUCAGACCCAGAGUACAAGAGGCGCCCGUCCGCACACCUUUUGUUUAUCCCCCAAGAGGCCGGAAUCUCGCUUCCUUCAUCCUCGGACCUAACGCACCCAAGGAUCCUGCCAAAGGCGGCAAGUUCCCGCUGGUGUCACUCAUCUUGACAGACCCCAAGGACCCGCGGAUCGAGAAGGCAAAGACCUGGACCUUGUCCAAGUUCAAGCAGGUUUUCAGGUACGAGGGGCUGAGAAGCGCCUCAUCCAGUGGGAAGAACACCCAGCCGUGGCUCCAGAGGUGGCUCUUGCACUUCAAGUACCCAAGGAACUACGACAUCUACCUUCGUGAACACCUCGCGGAGAUCGCGGAACACGAGGGCUUGGAGGCCCGGCGAGGAGGGCCCCUGAGGCGCGGCGCGGAUAAGAGGCAACUGGUGUCGGCGUUCAAGGCCUGGGAUCAGACCAUGCUGAUGCAGGCCGCCAAGAACAUCGAGAAGGUGAGGGCGGCGAUGGCACCGACGAAAGUCUCAGCAGGCAUCUCAACUGCUGGUAAAACGACUCGUGACGGGAGGAAGAGGAAUCGGGAUGAGGACGUUGGCAACGCCGACGCGACAGUGCCUGACCCCAAGAGGCCAAAGAAAGUUCCUGACAGUACAACGGCAACAGCCCGACCGCGAACCAGGAAAUACCCACAACGCCUGUUGAACUACUCCGAGCUGUUCCCCGAUCCUGCAGCGUAUCUCGCAGCAUCCGAGGAGCAGAGAAUCGUCAUGGAGACAGCUAGGCGCAAGAAGAUGUUGGAUGACAUCUGGGCAAACUACCGCGGACCCGCCGUAAGGGGCGUUCCCAUGGCCAGGGCCUCGGGGACAAGAGGGCCAACAAGAUUACGAGCGCCGGCGGCAACAACAACUGGAGCGCCGGCAACGCCGGGUGCAACACCUGCGCCGGCAGCAAACUCAGCACCGUCAUUAUCAUCAUCAGCAACGCCAGCAUUUCCACCAACAGGAGCUCCAUCAUACCUACCAACAGCAUCGCCAUCAACACCAGGAGGAGCAUCGCCUGCGCCUGCGCCCGAGGCCGAGCACUCGGCGGAGUUGGACUCAGCAGCCUACGAGGAUGACGAGGAUGACGAGGAUGAUAAGGAUGAUGAAGUUGGUGAGGAUGAUGAGGAUGAUGAAGAUGAUGGGGAUGGGAGCGUGGAAGGUUCCGCGACGAACUAG